AUGAUACUUGACCUAUCAUUCACACCACAAUGGCAACGUCAAACCCAUCAACAGUCAGGGCUACGAUUCACGACCACUACCAGAGUUGUCUUAUUAGUUAUAUGUCUACUGCUACUCCCCAUCGCACAAGCAUCAACGGGGGAUCAACUACCGUCAUUCCAACAAUGUUUACAAACGUGUCGGUGUGAUAACUUACCGUCAGAAUAUACCGUGCUAGGCUGGUCGUGUGAUGCCAAUUGCAAUUAUUAUUGUCAACAAACAAUAACUGAUGAGAGAGAGUUGAUGCAGUUGCCCGUGGUUCAAUUUUAUGGCAAAUGGCCGUUUAGGACAGUGGUUGGUGUGCAAGAGUUUUGGCUGACGGUGUUUAGUUUGGGUAAUUUGCUUGUCAAUUAUUUAAGCUUCAAGGUGAUUUAUCGUGAGUAUCGGAAGUUGAAACGAAGUGGGACUGGGAGUGAUAAUCAGAGGGGAUUUGGUGGAGGGAAACUGAGUACAUUUACCGAGGAAGCAUUUACCGAGGAAGAGUGCCGAAUAUUGUAUCAGCAGAGUUUGAUCUUACUAGUUGUUUCCUGUAUCGGAUGGGGUUUCAGUUCAAUUUUCCAUUUUCGCGAUACUCCCUUCACUGAAGUCUUGGACUAUUUUGGUGCAUUUGCCAUUAUUUUAUCCAAUUUGAAUAUAAUUGUUGUACGAUAUUUCAAAUUAUACAAACAAGGCCAUUUAUGGAAAUUGACCGUAUGGCAAUUGGGUUUAUUGACAGUUUACAUGUAUCAUGUGAUUCGAUUAGCUGCAGAUUGGGAUUAUUCGUAUAAUAUGAAUAUUAAUGUUGUGUUGGGGUUAUCAGCUAUGGUGUUGUGGUUUCUUCAUUCGUUUACCAUUGGUCAGGUAUACAAGAGGAAUUUCAACUUGAUUCAUAGUACCAUCACAUUAGUGCCUUAUGAAACCAACAUUUUAAAGAAAUUGCAUCUCCAUGAUUGUUCAUCUGCUGCUGCUGCCACCAGUGGGGAGAGGGGGUCAAUGAAGAGGUUGGGAUCGGGUAAAUUAUCCCAUUGGAUUAUUCCCUAUGUACCGGUAUUCAAUAACAUAAUUUUGCUUGGUGGGUUGUAUUUGGAGAUUAAUGAUUUUGAGCCUUGGCAAAGGUUAGUCGAUGCUCAUAGUUUGUGGCACUUGUUGACUAUUUUCCCUAGCUUUAUAUGGUUUGAUUGGAAUGUAUGGGAUGUGGAAAUGGCAAAAGUCACAGGUACUUUAUAA